UCAUGAGAUCAAUCUUUUUUGUUUGUUGCAGCAGGGCUGUAUAUUGUUUGAACGCCUACUUUUUCUUUUUGGGCCUUUUUUUCAGAAUUAUAACCAUGUGUAUUUCUUGAUGAUUGUCCUUAAAUUCCCUUUUUCCCAUAAUCCAACUCGUGGGUUAACAUGUGUUGUGUUGUUCUCUUGUGCUCUCUGCACUGCUGCCCCUCCCACUCUCACAGAAUAAGGAAGCCACUCCCACCCCUCAGCGCUCAGCCCUUUCCAGAGAAACGAAACUCAGUUCUGCCUCUAACUUGACUCUGUCAGGAAGAGAUUACAACAGUAAACGACACGAACGGAGAGAGAGAGGAAAAUACACAGAGACAGACAGAGAGUGACUCAAAAUGGCAGAGGCCAGUGUUGUUUGGAGUCAGGACCAGUUUAGCUGUCCAAUCUGUCUUGAUCUACUGAAGGAUCCUGUGACUAUUCCCUGUGGACACAGUUACUGUAUGGAUUGUAUCACAAGCUGCUGGGAUCAGGAAGAUCUGAAGGGAGUCCCCAGCUGUCCACAGUGCAGACAGACCUUCACACCAAGGCCAGUUCUGGGCAGAAACACCAUGCUGGCUGAAGUGGUGGAGAAACUGAAGAUUAUGGGACUCCAGGCUGCUCCAGCUGCUCACUGUUAUGCUGGACCUGGAGAUGUGGAGUGUGACGUCUGCAUUGGGAGAAAACGAAAGGCAGUCAAGUCCUGUCUGAUGUGUCUGGCCUCUUACUGUGAAACUCACUUCAGAAUUCAUAAUGAUCUCAACCCAGGGAAAAAACACAAAGUGAUUGAAGCAGCUGGUAAACUAGAAGAUCUGAUCUGCUCUCAUCAUGAUAAACUACUAGAGGUCUUCUGCUGCACUGACCAGAUAUGCAUAUGUAUGCUGUGUGUCAUGGAUGAACAUAAUGGACAUAAAACAGUCUCAGUUGCAGCAGAGAGAACUGAGAAACAGAAACAGUUGGGUGAUACUCAGAGAAAAUCCCAACAGAUAAUCCAGGAAAAAGAGACUGAACUGCAGGACCUGAGACAGGCUGUGAAAACUUUUCAGAGUUCUGCACAGGCAGCAGUGGAGGACGGUGAGAGGAUCUUUACUGAAGUGAUCAGCUCCAUUGAGAGAAGACGCUCUGAGGUGACAGAACUGAUCAGAGAUCAGGAGAGGGCUGAGGUGAAUCGAGCUGAAGAACUCAUGGAGAAACUGGAGCAGGAGAUUGCUGAGCUGAAGAAGAGAGAUGCUGAGCUGGCGCAGCUUUCACACACUGACAACCACAUUUGCUUCCUUAAGAGUUUCCAGUCUCUCCGUUCCUCCUUUGCUUCUGACAACUCAUCCAUACACACGGCCCACACAGAUCUGUCUUUUGAUGAAGUAAAAGAAAGACUCUCUCAGCUCAGGGGGAAACUAGAGGAUGCACUCCAGCGGGGACUAAAGGCCAUUUCUAAAACUGCAGAGCUUGUUAGCUGUCUAUCACUGCCUGAACCCACGACCAGAGAGGAUUUCCUGGCGUAUGCCUGCCAGCUAACCCUGGAUCCCAACACUGCUCAUAAUGAACUCACACUGUCUGAGGGAAACAGAGUUGUACAAAGGUGCCCUGGUGUGAAACAUUCAUAUCCUGACCAUCCAGACAGAUUUGAUAUGUGUCAGGUGCUGUGUAGAGAAGCUGUAUCUAAACACUGCUACUGGGAGGUUGAGUGUUCAGGAAAUGUUUACAUUGCUGUAACAUACAAAGGGCUCACAAGGAAAGGAAGAUCUGCUUCUAUACAACUAGGACACAAUAACAAGUCUUGGAGUUUGGGAAGUUCCACUUCAUACAAGUACAUUUUUAUACAUGAUGAUAAACUAAUGUCAUUCCCUCAUAAGCCCACCUCCACCUCUAGAAUAGGAGUGUAUGUUAAUCACAAGACAGGAACUCUGUCUUUCUACAGUGUCUCUGAUACAAUGACUCUUCUGCACCAAAUACACACCACAUUCACUGAGCCACUGUAUCCUGGCUUUUGGCUCGACAUGUCGAGCAAAAUCAUAUUGUGUCAGUGACAUCAUACAAGCAGAAUCAAAACAGAAUCAAGACAUUCAUGUCUAAUUUGAAUGGAUAAGUCCCUGACACAAGGUUUCUUUCUUCAUUCAGCCCUUCUAGCCUAGCUUUUGGGUUUCAUUUGAGUUACUAAAUUGUACAGAACAAUGGACAGUGAUUGUGCAUGAACAUCACUUGCUUUAAUGUUGUGAAGACAGGACAAUAUGUGUCGUUAUCUACACAGAAAGUUAAUUACCACAGAAACUUGCUUUUAUAUGGUAGCAAAAUGUGGUAGAUUAAAUCGAAUUCAAUUGUAUUUAUAUAGCACCAAAACAAUACAAUGAUCUCAAGGCGCCAUGGUAACAUGAUGACAGAAGAUAAAUAAAGCACAAGCUUACUUUUCAUCUGCAUGACAAGUACUAAAACUAAAACUAAGUGUUUGUGGGAGUCUUUUCUGUUCGGUGAAGUUACCGUAAUAUUUCCAAAACAGUUUCAGUUAAGAAUAAAUAAAUGUUGAUAGCCCAAAUAUAACUGUCAUACAAUUUAUUAUCACCAUACGACAACAUAUUAUCGCUUUUUUUUCUCCCUCCAACACUCUAGUGACGAUCUCAUCGCACACAUACGCACACAUCCACUUCCCUCCCCGUGAAUUCUUUCCCUUUUUUGAUAACUGUAGUUCUACAUUACUGUUUGUGUUAUUUGCAAUAAACUAAAAUCUUUCAAAAAA